AUGGCAUGUGGACGUUGUGGUUGCCAUUGCCAAGUAUAUCUAUUAUUGAUUUCUCCGAAGCCUCUUCCGGCAUGUCUCGGAGGACGGAAUGGAACGCGUCGCAUACAUUCAUCCCUCCUUCUGAAGUCGCCGGAUGAUUCCUCAACGAUUCAUCCCUAUCGAUUCUCUCGCUUUCACAACGUCAUGGAUGGCGUUGAUAUUUCGAGUAGUUCGGAAAGUGGCGAUGAAAAUACACAUGGAAUAAAUAGCGAUCUCAAUGGAAAAGAACUGUGGAGUGGUGGCAAUAAUCUUGCGAUGGAAUCUGAUAUUGAUGCUGAGUUGGAUUAUGAUGAAGAAAAUGGAGAUAAUGAAGAAGUGGAACGGAUUGAGGAACAAUCUAAAGUUUCAAUGAUUAAAAAUAAGAUGGCGGAUGAUAAUGCCAUAAAUGGAUAUGAUGGAGAUUUAGCAAAGCAAAAUGCUGUCUGUAUUGAAGUUGCUCAAACUGAAAGAACUGGUAAAAUCAUAGAUGACAGAGGAAAGGGAAAAGUUGAAGAUGAGCUAAGCGAGGAAGGGGAAAUCGAUGACUUGGAAGAAGGCGAGUUAAAAUCUGAUGAAGAUAGUGUUACGGGUUCUAUACAUUCAAAUGAAAAGUCGACUCGAAGGUCGGUGAAUCGAAAUCGUGAAAAAUUUUUGGAACGUUCUCCGCAUCGUUCAUGGCGUGAUGAUCCAACCUCGGUUGGCAUUUGCAAAUUUUAUCUUCGUGGAACAUGUACGUGGGGACAAGACUGUAAAUAUCUGCACAUUAAAGAGCCACGACUUGAUGGUUCGGUACCAGCAGUACAAAGCUCUUCAAAUGAAAGUACUUACUCACAGUGCUCGAAUAAUGCGAGAAGAAGCAGAAGCAAAGAAUUCAAUAAACCUGGCAUCAAUGCACUUACCAUUUAUCCUUCUAGUUCAACAUCAAACGAAAAUGAGGGGUCGAACGGUGAUGAAACAGCUUGGGAGAAAGGAUUACGUCAGGCGCGCGAAUUGAUGAUACGAGCAUCAAAAAAAAGAGAAGAAGAACCUGAUUUUGACCGGAAGCGGUUGAUACUCGUGCCUAGUGGAGAUAUGGAUCGACCACGAACAACGGAUGAAGAAUCAGAUGAUUCUCGUGGAUAUCGUAAAAUGUAUGGUUACUAUCUGUUACGUCGCCGAACAUCGCGCUCACCGUUGUCUCGAGGCAUUGUGAGAGGAGCAAAUGGUUUUAUGGUACGUACACGUGUUGACGUUCCUUAUCCGAGAUUUAAGAAAUAUGAUAACCCAGUUAGACCUGACGAUAUUAACGGUGAUCGUCAUUUUGACUUAGAACGUCGUGGUGUUUAUGAAAAGAAUGAAUCAACAAAACCCCGGAAAAUUCCAUCUUUAAUAGAUACUAUGCUCGAGGGAAGACGUUUCGAAUUUACAAGAAGAUACGAUUACGGACGCGAUGAUCCCUAUCGGUUGCCUCCUAAAGAUCUUGGACCACAAGUUCUGUAUCCGAAUGGAAGGCCAACUUCUCGACGUCACGGACCUCCUCCAAGACUUGAAAUCUCGCCGAAUAAUCAUUAUCAUUUGUCACGGCGCGAUUCCCGACCUCAUAGCUCUCGUUCGCCACUUUCACGAACAUCACGAGAUUCUCGAUCACCUAGUCCGCGUCGCUCGUUUUCACCUUCAGAUAAAAGGCGCGGAUCAUCACUGUUAGCAGAUAGACGAGAGCCGAAUAGAAAGCGAAGCGGCUUUGGGACUGUGGGUGGUCUUCUUUCAGCUGGUGAUCAGAUUCACGAUCCCUGGGAAAGAUCACACAAAAAAGGACGAAACAAGGAUAAAGAAUUAAUAUCCUUAACACUUGGGGCAGAACUCCAAAAAACUCGUCGAACGAAUGAUAACAAGAAGCAGACACGUCAUCAGGAUACUGCUAGUUCGGCAAGCAGUGCUUCAAGAAGAAGUCUUAGUGCAGGGUCGUCAGCAACUUCCCGUUCUCGGUCACAUUCACGAGCAUCCUCAGGGAGUCAUCGUCAGUCAUCAUUCCGUCCUUCGUUGGCAUCUGCUGUUGCUUCCAGAAACCUAAUUGACGACGACGGAUCUUUAAGAGCAACAGACCUUUCGUCCUUUCGUAUUCCAAAAAAAAAGAGAUCCUCUCCAGCACUGUCAUUGCAUCGUUCUAGUACAGUUGCUCUUUGUGGCUAUAUGCAUUCAUUCGAGCGAUCGAACAAUCAAAAUAAGCGGUACGCAUCUUCCAGUCUUCUCAAAAGACCCUCUUUGUCUCUAUCGCUUCGCCCUGGAAUUGCACAGCAAGGGACAAAAAGAGUAAAAGGAGUUAUUGGCCGUGCCGAUAAAGCUCAUAAACGCAAUGUUUUGCUCGCAAGAAAAGAUGAUUUGUCAAGUGAUGAAAGUUCAUCGAGCACGUCUGGGAGUUCAAGUAGCAGUAGUGAUGAUGCAGAGCCUGCAGCAUAUCGUCUCAAAAAGAAAGUCGAUGACGGUUUGCCUACCGAAGGAAUACCUCUAUCUCCGGAAGCUGCGGCAGAAGAUGUUUCCAGCGAUGAAGAUGAGAAUGCCUCCGAUACAUCCGUACACGAACCGAUUGCACAAUAUUCAAAGAAAACAUCGUCGGCUGGAAAUUCGCGACCAGCUUCGAGAAAAGCAAUUGCAGAUUGUUAUGAAUCGAGAAUCGAUGAUGACGAUUACGUGGAUAAUGAAGUAGAAAAGGAAGAACGCCGUGCUGAAUUAUUACGUCAGUUGAAGUGUGUUGAAGAAGCGAUAGCUCGUAAACGUAGUCGGCCAGUUAUUUGA